GACGCACUCUGCUUGGUGGCCGGACGAAAGAAAAACCGUCUCCCUCAAUCAAAAGACCCCUUUCCCCCAUCUGGGCCGAUCGUGAAGUUGUUAAUUAGGGAGAUCUUUUUUCUCAUUUGGACUUGGCUGGACAACAGAAAUUGGACGAUUACGCAAUGGCAGGCUACUACUCCAGUCAACGAGGAUAUGGUGGCUCCUACGGUAGCUCCUAUGGCGGUUCAUCAUCGUCGGCCUACACGUCAUCCCUGCGUAGCAACUAUAUGCCGGCGUCGUACUGGAGCGAUUAUCAUCCGCAAAUGUAUUCGUCAUCGUAUUCGCCUUAUUCGUCUUAUUCAUCGGCGUAUCCGCGCGCCUCAAUCUAUUCAGUGUCGUCGACUCCUCGGCACUUAGUGACAAAGAUGUCCUUCCACCAUCUACCAGGACUAGGCAAGGCGCAAACCUAUCACGGAUCCAUCCCCAGGAUCGCCCACCAACGCUUGACGCCCUCGGCCCCACCGCCCAUGUACUCGGUGCCGAUGUCUGCCCACCGGAUGAGCGCUCUCUAUACCGACGCCAUGGAGCCCAUCAUGAUCCAGGUCGUGCCGAAAUACAAUCCCGCUUCCUACUUGGAGGAUACUUUUGCUUCUUCUAUGCAAGAUAUCCAAGAAGAUAUGCGCAAUUGGCGUUACGCGGCCUCGUCCGUGCUCAACCGCUACACUCCGAUUAACAAUUACCACAUGGAACCGUCUCAAUUGGCCAGCCGCAACUCGGCUCGGUACCUGAGUGGCAGUAGUGACUACGACAGAGCCAGCUCUAGCUCGUACUUCCGGCCAUCGUCGUUAAGGCCGUACGAGUCGUCGUCGUUCGAGUCCCCCAGUUACGACUCCCGUCACUCAAUGUACUUGUCCAGCCGUUCCAGCAGGGAUUCGGAUUCGCACAAGGGAACGAUCGGUAAAGGUCAUUUGGCCUGCAUCUCCUACGCAGGGCAUUACCCGCAGUCGAAGCGCAGCGUUCCAAAGUUCUCCGAGGACGACAGCAAAAUCAAAUGCGGAAUCUCUUUCCUGUCCACUUACAUCCGGAGUUCGCGACGGGCCCACAGUUCCGGACCAGUCGUCUACACGACCAAGGAUCAGCGAAUGGCUCGGCGAGUGGAUGCCAGGAACCGCAUCAACGAGAAGAGGGAUCCCGAACGCAUCGUCGAUCGCGUGAAUAAGAAAGUGGCCCAAGCCAACGAGGAGUUGGCCAGAAUUGCGGCGGAGGAUCGCAAGGCCCAGAUGAUCACCAAAUACGAAGAUGAGCCGGAGGACCCGUGGGAUUUGCCGGCGGAAGAAACGAAAUCUUCGACUGUUGCAUUCGCCGAUGACGAAGUCCAGCCGGAAGAUAAUUACUACGCAGCGGAAGCCGAGCCAGAGCCGGAAGCUGAGCCUGUAGAGGAAGUCAAAGAAGUCAAGAAGAAGAAGAAGAAGUCAAAGGUCAAAGAGCCAACCCCCGAGCCGGAACCAGAGCCCGAGCCGGAGCCAGAGCCGGAACCUGUUGUCGAAGAGGAGGAAAGUGCCCCAGUUGAAGAGGCACAGCCGGAACCCGAACCCGAGCCCGAAGCCGAGCCGGUGGUAGCUGAUGAGGAAGUCGCCGCUCCCGAGCCGGAACCUGAGCCCGAAGUGGCCGAACCGGAACCGGAACCUGCAGCUCCAGUCGAAGAAUCAUCCGACGCCGUUCCCGAGGAAGUCGCAGCUUCGGAGGACAUUUGGGGCGGUGAGGAGGAAUUCACCUUUAAACGAAGCAAUAAUCCAGAAGUUGAAGCUGCUGCAGCGGUUGAGGAGGAGGUGGUGGCGGUGGAAGAACAACCGGAAGCGGAAGUGACAGACGUAGUCGAAGAAAUCGUCGAGGAAGAAGUUGUGGCGACAGAAGAAGCAGUCGUGGAAGAAGAGCCACCAGUGCCAGAACCGGAAGCGAUCGAACCCGAACCGGUGGCGGAAUUCACCUGGGGUGAUGAGGAGGAGCCCAUCCGGAGGAAAACUGAAUCCGCCCCAGUGGAAGAGUCCAUCGACGACGAACAGCCGACGCCAGAAAAUCCUGUCGAUACCAUAUCGCCAGCUGAUGAAGUAACCAACGAAGAAGAAGAAGAAGUAACUACCAGCGUUGCUCAAACUCACGAAGAAGAUGAAGAAGAAGAAGAGGAAGAAGAAGAAGAGGAGGAAGAAGAAGAAGAAUAAUUGCAAAAAGACCUGGCCGAGUAGUAAUAAUUGAGUUCAGCCUUUAUCGGCCAGAUACUGCAAUUGGCAAUAUUAUUUUCAUCACACGUUUCUCACUUACAUAUUCUUUUGACUUCCAACAAAACAAAACAACCCCCCCCCAAAAAAAAAUCUUAUUAAUAUUAUUAUGCCGAAAUUGUGAAUGUUUUAUUUUCUCGUUUGGUUUUCCUUUUUAUUUUUUUUUUCUGAAUCGGGCGUGUGAGUAUUUCUAUUGAUGCGUUACUCGAGGCGCUAGGCGACCAGUGUGUAACAAUCAUUAAUAUUCUGUUUUGUUGUUUUGGCAGCAGACGCACAUACAUUCACUUUCACGCGCUGCACGCAACCUGGACCUCCACACACACACCUUCAAUAUUACAUGUGGGUUCUUAUAAUGUAUUCUCUCCUUUUUCUUUUCUUUUCUUUUCUUUUCUUUCUUUCUCUCUCUGCCUCUGUAUUUGUUUCUUCAAGUCGUUGCCUUUUAUUGCCUUAUCUCAUCUCUGGUUUUCCAGCACAUAAUAUGACCGUGUUCGUGUUCCCGCCUCUA